AUGGUUCCCUUACUUCUUACCACGAUUAUCUCCCUCUCUGCUCUCGCAGCCGCAGCGAACACUACUCAAAUCACCUGGGCAGCAGUCCUCUACACCUACCACGGCGAAAAAGUCCCUCUCUUCCAUCCACCCCCCGAGAGUCUAACUCCCACGGGUGCAAACCAAUUGUACCGCGCAGGUGAAAGUAUACGAAAUCGCUACCUAACACACACUUCCUCCAAUUCCAAUCUCAAUGGCCAAGAUGCAAACACCUUCCCGAUCAUUGGCAUCCCACCGGAUAAUAUCGAUAAUACCCUCAUGCAAAUACUCAGUACGAAUGAUGAGUGGGUUAGUGCGAGUGCGACGGCGUUUUUGCAGGGCCUGUAUCCGCCGAGGAUGAAUGUUCCUGUUGUGAAUGAGGAGAGUGUGUUGGGGACGGGGGAUCUGGUGCAGUUCCCGCUUGAUGGGUAUCAGUAUGGGAAUGUUGAGACGUUGGGGAGUUUGGAUUUUAAUCGGAUUUGGUGAGUUCUUGUUCUUUUACUUUGUUUCGUUUGAGGGAAGUGAGUGUUGUCCAGGAAAGUGUUCGAGUGUGACUUUGGGAAACAGAUGUUUGAAUAGUGUCCUAUGCUUCAGUGCCAAUUGCGAGCCAGGAGAAACGUGGGUAGAAGAACAAAGUUGCUGCCAUAGGCGGCAAUACAAGCUUCUGUUGCACACUGCUAACAACACCUCUCAGGAUCGCGGGCCACGAAGGGUGUCCAAACUAUGAAAUCAACGGAGUAAAGGCUCUCAGCAAUGAAUUCUUCACAAGUCAAAGGGCAGCAAGCGAAGACUUCUACAAAAGCAUAGCCAGAACCAUCCUUCCGAGAAUUGACGAGAAUAUCGUCAACUUUGAAUUCGCAUAUGAAAUUUACGAAUACGCAUUAUACCAAUACAACCGCAACAGAACCGUCUUCAGCGCCCUCAAUAACACCAACGACCUCGAGAUUCUGCGAAGUCUGGCUUCAAAACAGCAAUGGUACUUCAAUACCGCCGCAGGAGGCGCUUCCAUCAACUCCAUCGCAGGAAGGUCCCUCGCCGCAAAAGUCUUCCAGCAAUUAAGUCGUGCUAUCGUUUCAGAUGGGCAUACGAGUAAACUUUCCUUGAUGUUUGGAUCUUUCCAACCUUUCUUGUCGUUCUUUUCGCUUUCUAGCUUGAGCAGUGGACACUCCUCGGCUAGUUUUGUUUCUUUGCCGGAAUAUGGCUCGGUUAUGUCGUUCGAAUUGUUCUCUUAUUCUACGGGCGAGGAGGGAAGUAAUAAUCCUCCAUUCCCUGAUACUGAGAAUCUGUACGUGAGGUUUCUCUUUAGAAAUGGGAGUGAUGCCGGCACGCCUAUGACUGCUUAUCCGCUCUUUGGACGCGGGAAUAACGAGGCGGAUAUGAGUUGGAGGGAUUUCGUUAAUGGGAUUGCGGAGUUCGCUAUUGAUGAUGGUACGUCCUUUCUUCCCUUUUCCAUUCCAGGGAAUUUGGGAUAGGCUUGGAGAAUAUGAGAGUAACUGACGUAUUCCCGUAGUCGAAAACUGGUGUUCCUCCUGCAGAGCAGUAAACCUCUUCUGCGAAGCAAUCAACGACAACAUCUCCCAAAACACCACUCCCAUCCCCAUCCUCUCUCACUCCCGCAUCCUCCCCGCCGCAAUCGCAGGAAUCGUCGGCGCAACCGUCACCCUCGCAGUACUCAUCCUACUCGUCCUGACCCUCACCUUCCUCGGUUUCCGCAUCGACCGAAGAUCCAAGUCCGAUUCCACUUCCACUUCCCGAAACAGCGACCUGGGCGUCCUGAAAAGAAGCGGAAGUGGAGGCUUCAAAGGCGCGGAGAAGCUGGCUAGCGAUACGGACCUCACGAUUCAGAAAGGGGGCGCGGGCGCAAGUGUGGUGCGCCAUGAGAGGGUGGGCAGUUGGGAGUUGAAGGAUAGUCCGCGGAGUGAGCGGGCGGUUUCGAGUUUGGAUAAGGAGAUUGAGGAGGGGAGGGUGGUUAGUACGGUGGAUUAUGGGAGGAGGAGUGAGGAUGGGAUUGGGGCUGUGAAUCCAUUUGGGGAGCCGGUUAAGCCUGUUGACCAUGUUUGAUUUUAUGAUUAGUCUUAGGGGUCUACCGUUUUCUCUAUUCCUCUGUUUCUUUGGACGGGAUAUUGGCUUCUCUGUUUCCAAGGCAUUAGGUUCUUUUUGGGUUCUGUUUGUAGGGCUUUUCUGGAUUUAUGAUACCCUUCUUUAGUCCCUCGCUACUCCCUUUACAAUAUCAC